AGCGCAACAGAAUGGCCGGUGAGGUGCUAGUAGAUGCAUUACCAUACAUCGAUCUUGGCUACGAUGAUCCCGGCGUACGAGAAGCGGCUAUCGCAAUGGUGGAGGAAGAAUGUCGCCGCUAUCGACCAACGAAAAAUUAUCUCGAACACUUGCCGACCCUCAACACAACUGCGUUCGAGACAGAACUGAUGGCAGCCGAGUUCGAACGCAUCCAAAACCGGCUCCCGAUGGAACCGCUCAGCAUGAAACGGUACGAGCUACCACCGCCGCCAGCCGGCAAGAUGAACGAGGUGUCGGCUUGGGGUGAAAGUGUGGACAACUCGAUGGCACAGCUAGAGCAUCAGGCGGUGCGCGCCAUGAACCUUGAGCUGAUGGCUGAGUAUGGGUGCGAAAUGUGGAAAUCGUACCUGGAAACGUUGGUGACGAUGCAGGCCAAGUGUCAGGCCCGGUUAGCGGAGGUGAAGAAAGCAAUUCAGGAUGUAAAUUGGGCUCGUAAAACGAAGCAAACGCAGGGCGGUGAGAAGCUGCGCUCGUUCGAAGCACAGUGGGUAAUGUUGGUGUCGAAAAACUAUGAAAUUGAGCAGGCUUGCGCGAAACUGGAGGAGCAAAUAUACCACAAAAAGAUGCAGUUAAGCGCAUUUGAGACGACCGCAAAGGAACAAUAG